AUGGCGCUGAAUGAAGCACCCAACGCUGCACAUGCCAUAGACACAUUAACCGGCUUUAUCAACACAAAGACAUUGCUCGGUUUAGCGCAUCGCUUUUCGGCCACAUAUACCGAUCUUGCCAGGACCUCGACUGAGCAUUUUCUCGUCACUCCAGUCACGGCAUUACCCACAGGGAAAGAGAAGGGCAGAUUUCUGAGCAUCGAUGUUGGUGGCACCAACCUAAGAGUCGGAUUUGUUGAGCUAAUCGGAGAGCCAGAUGGCAGUGCUGAGAGUGAGCGUGAGCGGAGCAGUACUGUGGGCGAAAAUGUCUUUGCUCAGAUAAGGAGGAGCCAUGACAGGAACUGGCCGAUUGGAGAUCACCUGAAGAUGGAUCAGGCUGAGGAUUUGUUCGCGUGGAUCGGUGACUGCAUCGCUGAGGUCAUCAGGGGUGCUCUUGAGGAAGAGAAGGCGGGGGAGGAGGUCAGAUUACCCUUGGGUGAUGAGAUCCUGCUUGGCAUCACCUUUAGUUUUCCAAUGGCUCAAACCCGUCUCUCAGAAGCUACUCUGCUGCCAAUGGGUAAGGGCUUCGCCAUUACCUCUGAUUUAAAUCUAGGCAAAAUGCUUCUUGCUGGCUACGCCCGACACUGUGAGGUCGGACAUGCUUCAGGCAAGCAACCAUUACCAAAAAUACAGGUCGCCGCCAUCACCAAUGAUACCGUAGCCACAUUUGCAUCUCUCGCAUACGCAGUCAAAGCAUCUCCCAAUAGCCGCGUCGCCAUGGGUCUUAUUGUCGGCACAGGUACCAAUGCAACUGUACCCAUGAAGCCAUCCAGCCUGCAUCCGACCAAAAGAGAAGCUCUUCAAAAUCCUGAUGCUGUUGAAACCGUUGUCAUUAACACCGAGUGGACGAUCCGCGGCACUGACAAGCCACUGAUCGAGUUCAACAUCAAGACGCCCUGGGAUCUCACGCUUGACGCCAAUAGUGAUGCACCUGGUUUUCAACCGUUUGAAUACAUGACGUCUGGCCGGUAUCUCGGCGAAAUUGUACGCUUGGUGUUCCUAGAUAUCGUUUCCGGAGAAGCAGAUGCCGAGAUCCCACCAUCAUUACAACAGAAGAACGCCCUACCGACACGUUUCCUUUCGGAAUUCAUUGCGCGGAAAGGUGGCCGCAUCGUUCAAGGAGAGCUGGAAAGCAGAUAUCCCGAGCCAAACUCCUCUGGGGACCCUUUCUGGACAGUAGAUCGAGUGGAGAUGAUACGGGACAUUGCCGAGGCUGUUCAGCAGCGAUCUUCGGCGCUGGUUGCUGCUGCCUGUGUCGGGCUGCUGAAUUGUGUAGGUGAUGUUGCACUAGACGAGUCGCCAAAGUCCAGUAAUGGUACACACACCAAGGGCAAGCGGGAUAUCGAAGAGCUUGUGAUUGCAUAUGCGGGUGGGACCAUAUCACAAUAUCCAAAGUGGCUUCAGACAUGCCAACAGUGGAUAGACAUUCUGGUCGAGGAGGGCUCGUCAAAAAAUGCAUCAAAGCAAGUUACGCUCAAGGAGGCCAAGGAUGGGGGCAUUAUUGGCGCCGGAGUGCUUGCGGGUAUGGCGGGUGAAAUUGCGUGA